AUGACCCGCGAACCAAAUCCCAACAGCGACCACCCCCCGGACGCCCCCGUGUACCCAACCCAGCCUGUCUCUGUUAUCCUUCCCAACCCAUCAGACCUCAAGCCAAUUUACACAGAGAACCUCAUCCUCCGCCCAUUCAACCUAGACUCCGAGACAGCGGUAAACUCCGACGCAGCAAAGCUCUUCCUCUUCCGCUCAAAACCCGAUGUCGCGGCCUGGCUCCGCUUCAAAACUCCAGACACCACCAUUUACGAAACAAUCUCCUGGAUGAAAGCCAAAAUAUUCAGCACACCGGAUGCCAGCGGCGCCGUAAAUAGCCGGCAUUUCUUCUUCAGCAUCGUGCCCAAAUCCUCACCGGAUACCAUCAUCGGCUCGGUGGGGGUUAACUCACUCUACCCUGCUCCAUCCGUUGGGUAUGCGCUGCAUCCGGACUUCUGGGGGAAGGGGUAUGCGACGGAGGCUGUGAGAGGUGUUGUUGAGGCGUGGUGGGGAUUACCCAGGGUUCCUGUUGAAGAUAGUGAGAACGGAAACUGGGAAGAGAGGAUAUUUGCCGCAACACAGCGGGAGAAUAUUGGGAGUUACAAGGUGCUCAGUAAAGUAGGGUUCGAGGUGUAUGAGUUUACGGAGUACGAGGGGAAGAAUAUUGCUUUUAUGUGUCUUAGUAGGAAGGGUUCCUAG